UCUUGUUUGUGUCCGUCAAAAUUCCGACAUCUGUCAAUUUUCGGCCCGUUCGUAGCGUCGUAGACGUUUCCGUAGGCGUUAUUUACUAGCGUGUUUAUAACGUGAAAAUCUCACAAUUUGACAAGAGGAAAAAACAACAAAUUUCAGCUCAAAAAAGCAACACUUCACACACAAUCGGUCCGAAUAACGGUGUGAAAAUGCGUCCGCCCAACCACAAAAACCAUUGGACGCGUUGAUGGUGCAUACGCUGGUGAAAAUGGCGAGACCGAAUCAAUUCUGAUUAAAAAACCGAAAUUCCGGGACACUAUGUGUGCGUUAUAACUGUGCGUUUGUGUGUGCGAACAAUAUAAGGGCCAGUGCUGGUGAACGACAUGUUAACUAAUUGAAACCGUCGCAGCCGAUCAUGUCGAGGGGCUAUGGAAAAUAUCGUCGGGGGGGCAGUUCCCAUUCGAGCUUUCUGUUCGAUAAUCUGUUCAAGGAGAACAGCAACAGGCCCUCGGCCGCCAGGUCCGCGGCCACGGUCGGGAAAUGGGGCAUAACCUCAUUCACCUCCAUACGUACUAUGAAUGGUAUGUCCCGUUCAGAGAACGAACGCUCGUCGACGGCGUCUACGUCACCGACGACACCUGAAGUAGACAACACCCCCAAGCCGAAGAAGUUCUUCAAGAGUCGCAACACGGAGCCCCCCGACCUGGAGGCGGCGCCUCCAACGGGCGGUAGGGCUUCAAAGAGAGCCAAAAUCACCUACGACGAGAAACCGACGCGUGGGUCUCCACGUAAGUUCUUCUCACACAAGGCCAACUCACCACCUGACAAGAGCACCGUCCUCACCCAAAACGUCAACACGUCAAAGCAGAAGCAGGAGGUCAAACCGCCGAUAGUAUUGAGGAUUUGCAGAGGUCCGUCUCUUGCAGGCAAGUCGCAGCUGCUGAACGACUCGGACGAGUCCGAGAGCACGCCGACGCCGAGCAGCACGCCGUCCACGUCGACGUCGCCCGGCCGAAGAGCGUCGUCGGAGACGCCGCGUCCGGCCAACUGUCGCAUCACCAGGAGCGCGAGGCGCAGCAUGCAGCAGGACCCGAGCAGUUCGCCGGCCACUGCGGACACGCCCUCCGAAUUCCCGUCGCUGUUCAUGUCGCCGGAGCAGGACAGCGACCUGUCGCCGCAGUACAUUCCGGCCGAGAAGUACGAGCUCGAGCGGAAGGCAAUGUAUGAGACACUGUUAGGCGGGCCGGUGCCACCCUCAGCAACGCCCUCGGCGACGCAGAACGAGGACAUGUCGGCCACCGACAGCCUGGACUUCGGCGAGACCAAAGAUAAUGACCGUAAGCCGGUGGAGGAGGCGCCGAGUGAAACAGCCUCCGCUCUUGAUGACAAGCAGGAAGAGGACGAGGAUAGUGUGCCGGAGGAACCGUCGGUGCAAGACACGUCGCACGAGAACGACGACGCAGGCAGCGAGAUGGAGGUGGAGGAGACCAUAGAGAAUAUCGAGGCGGAGAUCCAUUCUCAGAUUAUGAAUGCGGCACCGGUAGUACCCGAGACCCCGCCCGUGCCGCACGAACCGGAGAAAGCCAAGGCCGCCGCCGCAGCGCCCACGAGCGUCGAACACGAGUGGUCGACCGACGGCGACAGCAACAGCGCCGACACUCAGGCGGACGCACCGCCGCCACCCGAGACCGCCCGACCGCACACGAUCGACGACCACAAGGACCAGAUCCUCGACAAGAUACUCGAGAGCAAGAAGCCGUCGCCGGAGCACGACACGCAACAACAGCCUCAGGUAGCGCCAGUUAAGCUGGUGAUAUCGAAGAAAAAGGGGAGCAUUUUCAAGAGCAGGGCGGUGGCGGCGGACGGCACGGCCACCAAAAACCGGCGGGCGCUCUACCGGCACAAGUGGGUGGACACGCAGCCCGCCACCGAGGGCGGAGUGGGCGGCGACGGCGUCCGACUGGCCGAUCGCGGUUCCGCCGGCAACGACUACGACUUCUCGGACGAGCCGCUGGAACGGGUGUCGCGGCCGGCCGACGACGACGACGGCGAGUCGGUGACGAGCGUGCGGUGCAGCCGCUCGGACAAGGGGAAAUCUGAUUCGCAGUUCUAUACGGUUGUGAGGAACGUCAAGAAGGCCCAUCAGAUACAGGAGAUAGGCGAGUUUCAGGAGUUCAACGACGACGUCGAGUAUAUCUUGGACGCGUUGCAGGAUAACAAUCCCAUUAGCACGCGAUGUCUGUCCGCCAUCACGCUCGCGUCCAAGUGCAUGGCUCCCGCCUUCCGGAUGCACGUAAGGGCGCACGGCACUGUUGCGAAAUUCUUCAAAGCCUUGCACGACGCCACGCGCGACCAAAGCCUGGGCCUGUGCACGGCCACGGUGAUGUUCGUCCUGAGCCAGGACCGUCUCAACAUGGACCUGGACCGCGACUGUCUGGAGCUGAUGCUCAACCUGUUGGAGUCGGACGUCAGCUAUCAGCAGGCGUUGGACGUGUGCGGUCUCAGUUCGCAGCAGCUGGAGAAGAACAAGCAGAAGGUGCGGGAACUCUGCGCUGAAAUCCAGAGCCAGGGACACGCGAUGCAUCUCAAUCUGGACGCGAUCACUGUUGGCCAACUGGCGAUGGAAACGUUGCUGUCGCUGACGUCGAAGAGGGCGGGGGAGUGGUUUAAGGAGGAGUUACGGGAACUGGGCGGUCUCGAGCACAUAAUGAAGACGAUUAGCGAGUGCUGCCGCCAGGUGUCGGACUACGUCGUCGAGUGGACGGACGUCCUGUUGGACAAGCUGCGCAAGGUCGACCGUUGCUUGAGGGUCCUCGAGAACGUCACGCACAAUAACGAGGAGAACCAACAAUAUAUACUCAGGUACGAGAAUGGAGCUAUUCUAGACACAUUAGUGAAUUUGUACAAAUUAUGCGACGGCGAGAUUCCGUUGUAUCCGGUGACCGAUAUCAAGGACAAAUCCUCCACGGGGACCAUAAUCAGGGAAGCUUUGCUUGUAACACUUAAGGUACUCAUCAAUCUCACCCACCAUUUCAACAAACAAUCUCAAGGAGGCGCCCUCAUUGGAUCGCGACCUGGAAUCGUGGACACCAGUUUACACCUGCUGCUGCAGGUGCCCCAUUACAUUCCGGAACAGAAGAAGUUCGAGUUGGGGGUCUUAGUGUUGAUGUUACUCAUUAAUCUCAUACAGGAUCAAAAUAACAAUAAAAAAUUGUUGAUGGAAGCCAAAGCACCCUCCAAACUGGAAAGCAUUUAUUCAAGGGAGGAAAGCGCCGUCGAAGCCUUAAUAGUGCAGUUCUACCACUGGGAGGGCUGUGCGAAAAUCGCCGAAAAGAAAACCAACGCCAUUUUGGACGGGGAAAAGGACGGCGACAACCCAGUCCAGGCUAAGUCUAACGAGGAGUUCAUUGAGGAGACGGUUGCUAAAUUGCUACAAAAGGCUGGCACCCACAUGGAGUACACAUUCCUGGCGUCGUACAUCGGGAUGCUGAUGGGCUUCCUAAUAAUGGACAACCCGGAGUACCAACAGGUGGUACGGUCGCACCUCAAGGGCAACAACUUCUGCGACAUGGUCGAGUUGCUUAAGAAGUUCUACAACUUUAUGAAUCUUACGUCCUCGACGGAGGCGUCGAGCGUGUGCGCCAUCAAAGCCACCCAGAAGGUGAUCAAGUACCUGGAAGACUGCGACGGUUCGCAACAAGGCGAGACGCACUCGGAGGGCUUCACCCCGUCCGCCGAGUGCAUGGAUCUGAGCUACAAGAUGGCCCACUCGCAGUAGCACGCCACCAAUAAACUGACUGAUGCUCGUAAACGAGUGACUGGUGUAAUGUGAUCACUGAUGCGAAUUUUUGGGUACUUAUCGUUUAAUGGAAUUUAUGGGACGGAUCGAAUGGAUUUCUUACGUGGUUCCGAUUAAUUUUAUUUUGUAACUAUGUUAAGUAUUAUUUCGUGGGAAUUUUGAAUGAUGGAACCUCAACGGAGAACAUUGUCAGUUGGAUACAUUCUUUCGUUAAGACACGUUUUAUUAUUAAUUUUAUAUAUAGUGCAUAUUUUUCAGAGUUAUUUAUGUACAUAAUAUGUAAUUUAAGAACUUUUCUCCAUUGUUUAUUGUACAUUUGUGCUUUAUUUAUUAUUUCCAUUUUUAGUUCAAGAUAUUUUAUUGUUCUUUGGACUGUUUAAAUCUGUAAAUAAACUGAUUACAUUUU